UUCGUAUAGGCUAUCCUGCUAUUUGGCUAGAUGUUUGGCAACGCUUCCUUAGACAUUUCUUUCUCAAAAUACUUUCACAUUAGCCUUUAUUCAAAGGCGGUGCUUGUACCCAUGGAGUGACGUUGAAACGUAACGACUUUUUGUACCUCAGUCAGAAGUGAUUUACUAGGAGCGGAGUUGGCGUCGAGGUCUGGCUCAUACUAUUUUUAUAUAUAUAUAACUUUUUGAUUCCAUCUUUCAUUUGCUUAGUUGCCAGUUUAGUUCUUACUGCGGUGUGAUUUGGUGUGUACUUGUAUCAUUUAGUGGAUCAUGAACAAACUGUACGUGGGGAAUCUAAGUCCUACGGUCACGGUGGAGGACUUGAAGCAGCUCUUUGACGAAAGGAAGCUUCCCGUGGCCGAUCAGGUUCUGUUGAAAAGCGGGUAUGCCUUCGUGGAUUUCCCAGAUCAGAAAUGUGCCAUUAAAGCCAUUGAGACUUUGUCAGGAAAAGCUGAGUUACACGGGAAAGUAAUUGAGGUCGACUAUUCAGUUCCGAAAAAACUAAGGAGUCGUAAGAUCCAGAUACGAAACAUUCCCCCUCAGCUACAGUGGGAGGUGUUGGAUAGUCUUCUGACACAGUACGGCUCAGUGGAGAACGUUGAACAAGUGAACACAGAUACAGACACAGCCGUGGUGAAUGUCACUUACGCAACUAAGGAGGAGGCUAAAGAAGCCCUGGAAAAGCUGACGGGUCACACCGUGGAGGAUCACUCGCUGGGCGUGUCAUACAUUCUGGACGCGGACGCCGUGUCUCUGCCACAGGCCCUCAAGCUGCAGAGGGGCAGCCGGGGCAGGACGGGGGACCACCUGGACUACAGUGGCGCGGCGGGGGGCCCUGGGGGGCAACAACGGCAGCGACAGCCUGAGCUCCCGCUCCGCAUUCUGGUGCCCACGCAGUUCGUGGGGGCCAUCAUCGGCAAGGAGGGCCUCACCAUCAAGAACCUUACCAAAGAGACGCAGUCCAAGGUGGACAUACACCGUAAGGAGAAUGCGGGCGCAGCAGAGAAGGCCAUCACCAUCCACUCCAGCCCUGUGGGCUGCUCCUCAGCCUGCCGGAUGAUCCUCGACAUCAUGGAGAAGGAAGCCAACGACACCAACGCGGCUGAGGAGGUGCCUCUGAAGAUUCUGGCUCAUAACAGUCUGGUUGGGAGACUCAUCGGGAAGGAGGGCCGCAACCUGAAGAAGAUCGAGCAGGACUCGGGGACCAAAAUCACCAUCUCUUCUUUGCAGGAUUUGACCAUCUACAACCCAGAGCGUACAAUCACGGUGCGAGGGGGGGUGGAGGAGUGCUGCAACGCAGAGGUGGAGAUCAUGAGGAAGCUCAGAGAGGCUUAUGAGAACGACGUUGCUACUCUAAACCAGCAGACUAACCUCAUCCCGGGGCUCAAUCUGAACGCUCUGGGCAUCUUCUCGUCCAGCGUGCCCCUGUUGCCCUCCUCUGGCAGCCCCCAUGUCCACGCGCCCGUGCAAAGCCCUGCGGCCGGAUACAACCCCUUCCUGGGUCUUUCAUCACCCAUGGGAGGUCUCUACGGUACAACCCCAGUGGGAAGCCUUCCACACCAACUCACACAGGCUCCUGAGCAGGAGGUGGUCUACGUGUUCGUCCCCACCCAGGCUGUGGGUGCUCUCAUCGGGAAGAAAGGACAGCACAUCAAGGAACUAGCGCAGUUUGCUGGAGCCUCCAUCAAGAUUGCUCCAGCAGACACCCCAGACUCCUCUGAGAGGAUGGUAAUCAUUACUGGACCCCCGGAGGCUCAGUUUAAGGCUCAGGGCAGGAUCUUUGGGAAGCUCAAGGAGGAGAACUUCUUCACGGCCAAGGAGGAGGUGAAGCUGGAGACCCAGAUCAAAGUGCCCUCGUCUGCAGCGGGACGUGUCAUUGGGAAAGGGGGCAAAACGGUAAAUGAGUUACAAAACCUCACCAGUGCAGAGGUCAUCGUUCCACGGGACCAAACGCCAGAUGACAACGACGAAGUGUUUGUUAAGAUCAUCGGACAUUUCUUCGCCAGUCAGACUGCACAGAGGAAAAUCCGAGAGAUUAUCCAGCAGGUGAAGCUACAGGAGCAGAAGCAACAUCAAGCACCGCCACCGCCGCCACCACACCAGUCAAAGUGACCUGGAAAGGCAACGACCAGCCAGCAGCAGUCCAUGAAUGUACCCCCUCACUCCACAACUGGAGACCGAACAGGAGAUGAGGAAGAGAGAGAGAGAGAAAGAGAGAGAGAGUGUUUGCAGCAGAUGACCAAGAGUGACCGCAAUGGAGAGAACCAAACCAAAGAGUCUCACAAGGAAUGUGCUGGGGAGACAUGAACUGGUUAGGCAGGCACGGCACUGAAAGGAGAGUGGCAAGAAAAAAUGACCAGUGGUGUCUCUACUGUCUUGAGCAGGAUAAACAGAGAUAGUGACCGAAAAUUGUAUGUAUAUCCAUGUAUGUGUGUAUAUAUAUAUUAUUUUCUUACUGACGUGUUGUCAUUAUGGACUGUUGAUGGUUCAGCCACACGGGGGUCGCUGAGUCUUUCUCAACGGUUUGAGAAUGUAGCUCUCUCCAAGGAGAGGAAGCAUAGAUUUACUUUACAGCAUUAAAAUAAUGCAUUCAAGCUCGUGUAUGUAGGGAGCGUGCACAUACAAAUGUGAGAAUUUAAAAGAGGUUUGGUGGUUUAUUUUCAAGAAAUGAGAAUGGUGACCGGUGAAAUUAUGAGGACAAAGCUGUCAGUGUUUUUUUUUUUUUUCAUAUUAGAGAUUACAGAGUUGGUACGUUUUCAAAGUAUUAAACAUAGAUUCUAUAGUGUUAACCAUAGUGUCAUUACAAAGGAUAGGCUUAACCAGAAUGUUGAAGUAAGUGUUUGUACUUUCAAAUUAGACCUUUGUGUGUUAGCUGCAGUGGAAAAAAGGCUUCAAAUAUUUUAUUCAGAGAGACUUACUCUCCUAUAAAAGAAAAUAAGAAAUGUUUUUACAUAUAAAAACUUUAGAGACAUCAUUAACUAGUGUAAUGUUUUCCUCCUGAUGGCAGCACAUGUGCCAACAUUGGAAAUCCCAGACAGCUGGCCAGGUUUGGGUACAUUUCACCUUGUGUAGUCUGUAGUCUGGCGUCAGGUUCCUUUCGCUGGGUCUCUCUAUGUCUCACUCACUUGAAACAUUAGCGAAGGCAAAAUUGGCAAUUCAGUACUAGGGAAAUUAAUUAGAGAAAAAAAAUCUUAUGAUAUUGUCUGCCCAAGACAGAAAAGUAAAGAAAAGAAACAGAAAAAAAAUGAACAAGCUGACAGCCAUUUUUUUGGUCGUUUCCUCCUAAAUUGAGACCUCACAGCUGUUCUUGUCUUGUUAAGAUGUGUUUUUUUUUUGUUGCCAGAUUUAUAAGCCUAGUGGCAUUUCAUCACAACAAGGCUGUUUUUUACGCCCUUGAAUGUACAGUGUGCCACUGCCUUUAAAGAGAAUAGGACAUAAAUGUCAAACGUGAAGGCAGAGCAAGUCUUUACUGCGAGGGCGUCCGCUGUCCUCGCGCUGGUUUCUCUCUCUCUGCCGUAGAGCUACGGGGUCUACUGCAUGGACCCUCUCCCUUAGUGUGCAAACGUUCUGCUGCUCCUCACCCCAACCCCCCAGCCACCCCAAAAGAAAACACUAACACACACAGCCUUCUUCAUACCACUGUGAGUGUUUGUGUUUGUAUAUUUAUAUAGAAAGAGUGGUGAGAUAUUUAUUAAAAGCUUAGAUGAUGCAUAUAUAAACGUAAGCAAAAAUCACAGUCGGUUUUCUUUUUUUUUUUUUUUUUGCAGGGUUUUUU